AUGGAACCUGAAAAACCAGGUCGUGCAAAUGAUGUUGUGGUGGUUUACUUAGCAGAUGAAGAGGCUUCUUCUACUUUAGAACAUAGAGGUUCCGACGCUGAAGUGGUUACGAAAAAUGAGAAAUUGAAAGAUGUAGCCAUUGAUGAGAGGGUGAGUACCACAGACAGUUCUUUUGAUGAAGCAGUAGUUGAUGAUGGUGUUUGGGAAGGUGAUGUGAGUCUUUUACCUAAUUCACCUUAUCCCGAUGUGAGAGCCGUUGUUCCAAUUGAUGAUGAUCCCGGUAUUAUAUUGAACCAUUGGAGAACUUGGUUUUUAACAACGGUUUUUGUUGUGGUAUUUGCUGGUGUUAAUCAGUUUUUCUCGUUGAGAUAUCCUAGUUUGGAGAUUAAUUUCUUAGUCGCCCAGGUUGUUUGUUUCCCCGUGGGUAAAGCAUUGGCAUUGUUGCCAGAUUGGAAAUGCAAGAGGUUUUCAUUUUUCGAUUUGAACCCUGGUCCAUUCACUAAGAAGGAACACGCAGUUAUUACGAUUGCUGUGGCAUUAACUUCUUCGACGGCUUACGCCAUGUAUAUCUUAAAUGCUCAAGUGAGUUUCUACCACAUGAAGUUGAAUGCAGGCUAUCAACUACUUUUGGUUUGGACCUCCCAAAUGUUGGGUUACGGUGCAGCAGGUCUGACAAGAAGAUGGGUCGUGGAUCCUCCUAGUUGUAUCUGGCCUCAGACUUUGAUUUCAGUCUCAUUGUUUGACUCUCUACACUCUAGGAAAGUCGACAAGACAAUCGUCAACGGUUGGUCCUUAGACCGUUACAAGAUGUUCUAUUUUGUGUUAAUCGGUAGUUUCGUGUGGCAUUGGGUUCCUGGAUUCUUGUUCAAGGGCCUUUCAUAUUUCAACGUCGUUCUAUGGGGACCAAAGACACGUCAAAACUUUGUUGCCAAUGCACUGUUCGGAGUCUCCAGUGGUAUUGGUUUGUUGCCUAUAAGUUUCGAUUACACUCAGGUAUCUCAAGCAAUGUCGGGAUCUGUCUUUGCAACACCGUUUUGGGUUUCUGCCAACACUUACGCGUCCGUAUUGAUUUUUUUCGUUAUCGUUCUUCCUAUCCUAUACUUCACUAAUACGUGGUAUGCCAAGUACAUGCCUGUCAUUUCUGGAUCGACUUUUGAUAACACUCAAUCUUCUUAUAACGUGAAAAAGAUACUAAAUGCUGAUUAUUCCAUAAACCUAGAGAAAUACAAGGAGUAUUCUCCGGUUUUCGUCCCAUUCUCGUACUUGUUAAACUAUGGUUUGAACUUUGCAGCUGUGGUGGCAGUCUUUGUUCACUGUGCGCUCUACCACGGUAAAGACAUUUACAACAAAUUAAGGGACAGCAACUUUGGAGGUAUGGAUAUCCAUAGAAGAAUCUAUACAAAGAACUACAAAGAAUGUCCAGAUUGGUGGUAUGGUGUUUUGCAAAUAAUUACCUUGGCUCUAGGGUUUGUCACUGUGUGUGCCUUCCCAACUCAUUUCCCACCAUGGGCCUUUGUCAUUGCCUUGAUUAUAGCGUACGCAAACUUUCUGCCUCAAGGUAUCUUGGAAGCUAUCACUAACCAACACGUUGGCCUAAACAUUAUUACCGAAUUGAUAUGUGGUUACAUGUUGCCUUUGAAACCAAUGGCCAAUCUACUUUUCAAAUUGUAUGGUUUCAUUGUUAUGAGACAAGGUUUAAAUUUGAGCAGAGAUUUGAAAUUGGCUCUAUACAUGAAAGUUUCACCUCGUCUAAUUUUUGCCAUCCAAAUUUACGCUACCAUUAUCUCUGGGCUGGUUAAUGUCGGGAUCCAAGAAUGGAUGAGAACAAACAUCAAGGAUAUUUGCACCACCACUCAAGCAGAUGGGUUCACCUGUGCUAAUGGUCGUACAAUUUUCAAUGCAUCCAUCAUUUGGUCUCUACCGAAAUACCUUUUCAGUCCAGGAAGAAUUUAUAACCCCUUGAUGUGGUUCUUCUUGAUUGGUCUUUUGGCACCUAUUGUUGUCUUUUUGAUACAGAAGAAAUUCCCCAAGGUGAGUUUUUUCAAAUACCUUCACACCCCAGUGUUCUUCACAGGUACGAACAACAUUCCCCCAAGUACCCCAUACAACUACUCGUUGUUUUUUGGGAUGUCAUUCAUGCUUUUCCUAAUUAGAAAGAAUUGGCCUUUGUGGUUUAGCAAGUACAAUUUUGUCACUGGUGCUGGUGUCGAGACAGGUGUUGCUAUUGCAGUGGUCAUUAUCUUUCUAUGUGUUCAGUUCCCUGGUGGUCAUUUAGAUUGGUGGGGGAACACAGUGUACAAAAAUACAGGCGAUCUUAAGUCUCAAAAGUUUUAUGUGCUAAAGGAGGGUGAAACUUUUGGCUACGACAAAUGGUGGUGA